AUGGAGGAGGAACAUGUACUCGGCGAGAAGUUUCAUGAGCAGAAUAAGGAGGGCGACCCUGGAAACAAUACCCUGCCAUUGGCAUGGGGCGUAGGAGCGUGGAAGCUCUUUUCAACCGUCCUCACUAAGGAGGAAUGGAAUCAAAUGGACUAUGAGAAAGAUUCCAUGGGUGGGCCAUGGAUGAUCGGUAAUCACUACAUUAUAGUGAGACCGUGGCGUAAGGCCUUCAAUGCCAAAUUCGCGGAAGUGGUGACGACCCUUGUUUGGGCUCGCCUGCCGGAGCUGCCCUUUGAAUUCCUGAAUCGUGAAGCUGUAGAGAGGAUUGCUUCUCGAAUUGGUUGCCCGAUCCGGGUUGACCGUGCUACCACCACUGUGCAACCGGCGAGUCCGGUGGAACCUCAACCAAGUCCCAAAGCCACUGAGACUCCCGCGGAUGCUUAUGGUGAAUGGAUGAUGGUCAAACCGAAGCCGAGAUGCAAUGGGAGGACAAACCCUCCGUUGCAGGAGAGUGGAGCUACAUCGACGCCACGGGCUGUGUCUAUUCCUGGUGGCUCACGCUUCUCUGCACUGGUCGAGGAGGAAUUGUCACAAAUGGGCAUGGAUAACAGUGGCAAUGGGGAAACUUCCUCAGUCCUUCCUGAUGAUAUGCAGCAAGCACUUGCAGGGGAAGUGCCUAAUCUCCCCAAGAGUACCUCUUCUCCUCUUGUGGCCCAUCCUGCGAAGCCUGCAAGCUCAACUUCUUUGCAUGAACAAGCUCUAUCUAGACCAGUUAGGAAGGAGGAGAGUGUCAAUAUACAUAAUUUUUGUGGUAUCUGGGUGUUAUGGCAUCAACAAGAUCUCCAGGUUGUCUCCUUUACCGAGUGGGAACAUAUGAUCCAUUUGAAGUGCAUGAAAUUGGGGGUGCGUGAUCCUAUAGCGGUCUUAGCAUUUUAUGGCAGCCCUAACACUGCUCUCCAUCAGCAACUCUGGGACGAGAUUAGAAGACUAUCCACGCAAACCACCGUCUCCCGGGUUCUACUUAGAGAUUUUAACUACAUCUUGGGGCCCACGAAACAUUGUGAGGGAGUUCUGUAUCAGGAGGCUCGGUCUCGCUGCUUUAGAAGAUGCCUACAUGACAGUGGCCUGCUUGACGUCAGUUUUGCUGGCCCGAGAUCUACUUGGCGGAGGGACACCCUUCACCAACGGCUAGAUAGAGCCAUUUGCAACAAACUCUAG